AUGCCUCGCCUCUUACUGCAGCUGCUGGUGCUUCUGCCUCUUGGGAAGGCUCUGUGGCACAGGAACAGCCCCCAGAGUCAGCGUCCUAUUUCCCUUGUGCUCCUAGAAAGGAAUCAUACAGAGCUCCCCACGAGAAACCACGAGGAAGCGGAGGAGAAGCCAGAUCUGUUUGUUGCAAUGCCACACCUGAUAGGAGCCAGUUCUGUUGGGAAAAGUCAGAGGCAGAGAGAGAAAAUGCUGUCCAGGUUUGGAAGAUUCUGGAAGAAGCCUGAACGAGAACUCUACCCACCUAGUGACUCCAUCAGUCAGCACAUCCCUGCUGGGACUCAGGCUCUCACUCAGCCAAAGGACGGAAGGCAAAUGGAGAAAUCUCCUCUGAGGGAAGAAGCCAAGAAAUUUUGGCAUCACUUCAUAUUUAGAAUGGGUCCAACUUCUCAAGGAGUCAUCUUACCCAUCAAAAGCCAUGAAGUUCAUCGAGAGACCUGUAGGACUGUACCCUUCAGCCAGAUGAUCACCCACGAAGACUGUGAAAAAGUAGUUGUUCAGAACAACCUGUGCUUUGGGAAAUGUGGAUCUGCUCGUUUUCCUGGAGCUGUGCAGCAUACACCUCCCUUCUGCUCCCACUGCUCACCUGCCAAGUUCACCAUGAUGCACUUGUCACUGAACUGCUCCGACCUUGCCUCUGUGGUGAAGGUGGUGAUGCUGGUAGAGGAGUGCCAGUGUAAGGUGAAGACAGAGCAUGACCACGGGCACCUCCGGACUGGCCCCCAAGCAGAACUUCAUGCUCAGGAUCCCUUCAUCCCAGGUUUUUCGACUUAA